AUGAGCCAAUUAGCAAGUGACACGUCAUACGGACGUGAAAGAGUGGGUGACAGUGCGGCAUGUGGUGCUGCUACAGACACCACCACGCCACAUGGAGCCGCUACAGAUGCCGUGCCGGUUGUAGCAGUGGAAGAGAGCAGCGUCUCGACUGCUCUUGGCACGGCCACAUAUGUGACUGCCACGUGUCGUGUUUCCAUUGGUGGACCGACAGUAUCAGUAUCAGCAGAAGCAGGAUCAAGAGAAAAAGAUGCAGCAGCAGCAGCGGCGGCAGCGGCAGUGAAAGAGCUUGCUGCGAGGCUGGGCGGCUCGCCAUCCGUGGUGACCGCGUUUGUUUCUGGGGGAGGUGCAUCUGAGGGAGGUGCAUCUGAGGCAGGUGCAUCCACAACAGGUGCUGUGCUGGAAUCGCUGGGACGAGGAGGAGAAGGGAGUACGGGAGGGGAGAAUAUUCCCUUCUUUGGGUGCGUGGUUGGUGGCAGCAUGCAGCGUGGUCCAUGGGGCGGCGAGGGGGAGAUAAUGGGGGAGACACACACAGGGGGAGGCCAUAGCGAUGCGCAUGGCAUCGGGACCGGGAGCUAUGGUAGGAAUGAUGCUGACGGUGACGUCGAUGGUGAUGGUGAGGGUGAGGGAGAGGCGUUGGAGUGGGAGGAGGUGGUGAUGGCGGCGGCAGCAGACGAGGUGAUAGAGGGCGUGGUGUUGCUGGAGCUGAUUGAAGACUCGGAGCACAUCAUCCGCGAGAUGGCCGCUUUCCUGCCACACGAGGGGAGGCAGCACGGCGAGGAAGACACGGGGGAGACGGGGGAGAUGGGGGAGACGGGGGAGACGGGGGAGACGGGGGAGGCUGGGAAGGAGAAUGGCGCGCAGCACUGGCCAAGUGGCGGGUGGGGGGGAGAGGAGGUUGGGGGGCUGAACAGCGGCCAGUUUGGCUCCGCGGCCUCCGAUGUGGCCGCCUCCUCUGCUCUCCCUGCACCGCCUUUCACAGAACCCUCUAACUCGUUUGCUGAGUCUAUCCGAGCAAUCACAGAGGGCCACGUGGCACAAGCAGAGGGCGCGGUUACCCAGCGCCUGGAGGCAGCUUCCAGGAGGUUGCGCGGGCUUGCAGAGCGCUUGCAGACGCGUUUAGAGGCGCCUCAGUACAAGCUGGAGGGCCUUGCGGACUCCAUUCAGGAGCGUAUGUGGCCAAGUAAUGGAAUUGUGCAAGGAAACGAGUUGCUGUUGGCAAAAGCAGCUGUUUUCUCGAGAGGGGAUGGUGUGACAGAGAGGCUGGAGGGGAGAGGAGGGGAAGAGCAGGAGGUGGAGGUGGUGGUGGUGUGCGCUGCUGUCAUGCCCGGUGUGGACUGCGCUCUCACAAGCCUGCAGUCGCAUGACUACCCAUUCACCUCACCCUCCCUCCACACCAUGCUUCCCCUCUUGUCCCUUCGCUGCGCUUUCUUGCCCAUCAACCUCCCUCUCGCCCUCUCCCCGCACUUGCCUCUCCCCCGUGCCUGCCGCCCCUCACUGCAGGCCCGUCACUGCCCAGCCUCCUCGCCCGCCUGCACAUCAUCUUCCCCCACUCCUCCCGGGCAUCGCUGCUCACCCACAACCACGCUGUCCACAUGCACCGCACCUGCGCGCCCUCGCCCCCACACGACUCCACUGCCGGCCUCUGCUUCUCCCUCAGCCCCUCUGUCAUCUGUUGCGGCAUCAAGCACCACCUCUCAUGUUCCUCGCGCUCAUGUAUCCAUCCUUGUGCAUCUUCCCUCCCUUCUCCUGCUGAGCACCUCCCCCCAAUCUCCCUUUCCCCGUGCCUCCUCCCCUGCCUCCUCCCUGCCUGCACCAGCGGAGCAGCAGAGCAGCGACGCCCUGCAGGCGUGCUUCACUCACUUCAUCCGCCACCUCACCCUCCCCCUCACUCCCGCCACGACCCUCCAUGCCUCCUCACCUCCCGCGCCCGCCACUGCUCCUGCUGCUCUGAGCCUGGACAUGCCUGCAAGGGGAAUCGCACCGCCUGCCCCCUGGCUUCGUGUUAAGGAGGGGAAGGGGAGGGGAAUGAGGGAUGGGAAAAUGAGUGGUGACCAGGGGUGUGGAGAUGACGGGCUGGGGACAAAGGAGGAUGAGUGGGAGACGAGAAGAGGGGAGCGAGGGGGAGACGAGCGGAGGGUGGGGGAAGAUGAGGGAAGAGCGGGGGGGGAUGAAGGGGGGUGUUGA